AUGAUUCUAGUGGAUGAUUGCUGCCGUGUAAGAAAUUUCUACCAAUGUUACUUUCCACUUGUGCCAGUCAAGUUGGAUAUAUUUCAUGCUGUUCAGAGAAUCGUCAAAACUCUUCCCAAAGGAACAGUUGAAAGCCAAAAGUUUGCUAAAGAGGUGGGACUUCUGUUCCACAGAGAUGGCGACAUUGGGGAGGAGAGAAUGUUCACUACUCCGGAUCCUCAUUACAUUGAAAGCAACAUGGUGCAACUACUUUUCAAAUGGAGGGGCAAACUGUCUGUAGCUACUGUCAGUGCGAUUGAAAAUUUGAGACAUCAUGUGCGAAAAGGUUGCAUAUCAGAGAUACCUCCUUCUGCAGAAACCACUUUACAUGAACGCCUUCAUAGGCAUCUUAAACGAUCAAUGUUAUGUGGUGCAUCCUCCAUUUGCCCUGACCUUGCCUCGCCCAUCCUAGCUCUAGUGCUUUAUGUCUGGAGCUGUAGGCGUAGAGGAUUGCAGAAACAUGUUAACAAUCAAACAGUUGUUCCAAUUAUUCCAUUUGAAUUUGGAGAUCUCAUUGAAAGAAGUUCCACUGACUCCUUGCUAUUAAAAUGCUCUGACAAAGGGCAGGAUGAAAGAAGUGUAGCUAAGGAGGAAGAGAGCAGUGACAAAAUAUCAUGGUAUUUACACCAUCAUGUUGAAAAUGUGAAACAUUUGAUGAACGUCAGUGUCAUAAAUUAUGCCUUAACUCGUGUUCUUCAAAUGAGGAAUUGUUGGACUUUCCUAAAAGAACAGACAUCGCUCACCUUUCUUUCAAUGCUUGACUUGUUUGGACUAGAAAGAAGCUUCAUGAAGCUUUCAAAACAGCAGACUGUAGAAGAGGAAACUACUGCUGGCUGUAACCGUGAAACGCUCGAACGUAAUUUGUCUUCCUUUAGACUCUGCAAGAUACCUGUAGCUGGGGAUGGAAACUGCUGUUUUCGUAUUUUAAUUAAGUGUUUUCAUCAUAGGUUUCUUGGAAACUCAGAAAAUGAUCAUUAUGACGACAUAUCUAGGUGCAUUGGGUUUAUCAAAAGUCUUGGCCUUGGAAUUAAAGAAGAUAAAGACACCUUGCAUUUAAGACUCCUCAUGUGUCAAGAGAUUUCAACUAAAUCUGAAGAAUAUCAACAGUGGUUGGGUCUAACUACAGAGCAGCUUUCUAGUGAUCUAAAUUUAUUUAGGCAACAGGAUGGUUUAACAGUGAUGCUAGUGAUAUUGCAGUCAAAGUAUGCAGCAACAUUUUGCAGAUACCCAUCAUUGUUAUAA